GCAGUAACCAUGUGGAUGUUCUGCUGAAGCGUUUCCUCAAGCCUGCUGGGGUGGGAGGAGAGGAGGAGGAGGUGGUGGUGGUGGAGGAGGAGGAGGAGGCAGGGGGUGGAGAGAGAGAAAGCGCACGCCGAGAGGAGGUGUGGGUGUUCCGCUUCCAUCCUAACGGAACGAGCUCCCUCUUCGCGGACAUGGGAUUACCCAGCGGCUGCUAACCUCUCUCCUCGUCCUGCUCCCCUAACCCGGCGCGGCUUCCCGGGUACCAAGGAGCUGACUAAGAGGAGCACGAUUCGCAUCCCUGGCUGGGCGUGCUUUGGUAUCCGAGUGCCUGACCUGGGUCAGGAUUUUCAAGAAAGACAUGUCUGACAAAAUGUCUAGUUUCCUACAUAUUGGAGACAUUUGUUCUCUGUAUGCAGAGGGAUCGACAAAUGGAUUUAUCAGCACCUUGGGCCUGGUUGAUGAUCGUUGUGUGGUACAGCCAGAAGCUGGGGACCUUAACAAUCCACCUAAGAAAUUCAGAGACUGCCUCUUCAAGCUAUGUCCUAUGAAUCGCUACUCUGCCCAGAAGCAGUUCUGGAAAGCUGCUAAGCCCGGGGCCAAUAGCACUACGGAUGCAGUGCUGCUCAACAAGCUGCAUCAUGCUGCAGACUUGGAAAAGAAGCAGAAUGAGACAGAAAACAGGAAAUUGCUGGGGACAGUGAUCCAGUAUGGCAAUGUGAUCCAGCUCCUGCAUUUGAAAAGUAAUAAAUACCUAACUGUGAAUAAGAGACUUCCAGCUCUGCUAGAGAAGAAUGCCAUGAGAGUAACAUUGGACGAGGCUGGAAACGAAGGAUCCUGGUUUUAUAUUCAGCCUUUCUACAAACUGCGAUCCAUCGGAGAUAGUGUGGUCAUAGGUGACAAGGUUGUUCUGAACCCUGUCAAUGCUGGCCAGCCUCUCCAUGCCAGCAGCCAUCAACUGGUGGACAACCCAGGCUGCAAUGAGGUCAAUUCUGUCAACUGUAAUACAAGCUGGAAAAUAGUCCUUUUCAUGAAAUGGAGUGAUAACAAAGAUGACAUCUUAAAAGGGGGUGAUGUGGUGAGGCUGUUCCAUGCUGAACAGGAGAAAUUUCUCACCUGUGACGAGCACAGGAAGAAGCAGCAUGUCUUUCUGAGGACAACUGGCCGGCAGUCGGCUACAUCUGCCACCAGUUCCAAAGCCCUGUGGGAGGUGGAGGUAGUCCAGCACGAUCCCUGUCGGGGUGGAGCAGGGUAUUGGAACAGCCUCUUCCGUUUCAAGCACCUGGCUACAGGGCAUUACUUGGCAGCAGAGGUAGACCCUGACUUUGAGGAAGAAUGCCUGGAGUUUCCUCCCUCAGUGGACCCAGAUCAGGAUGCAUCUCGAAGUAGGUUGCGAAAUGCCCAAGAAAAGAUGGUGUACUCCCUCGUCUCUGUGCCUGAAGGCAAUGACAUCUCCUCCAUUUUUGAGCUAGACCCCACCACUCUCCGUGGAGGUGACAGCCUUGUCCCAAGGAACUCCUAUGUCCGGCUCAGACACCUAUGUACUAACACCUGGGUUCACAGCACAAAUAUUCCUAUUGACAAGGAGGAGGAAAAACCUGUGAUGCUGAAAAUUGGCACCUCUCCCGUGAAGGAGGAUAAGGAAGCAUUUGCCAUAGUUCCUGUUUCUCCUGCUGAAGUUCGGGAUUUAGACUUUGCCAAUGAUGCCAGCAAGGUGCUAGGCUCCAUCGCUGGGAAGCUGGAGAAAGGCACCAUCACCCAGAACGAGAGAAGGUCUGUGACGAAGCUGCUGGAGGACUUGGUUUACUUUGUCACUGGUGGAACUAACUCUGGCCAAGAUGUGCUUGAAGUAGUCUUCUCCAAGCCCAACCGAGAACGGCAGAAGUUGAUGAGGGAACAGAAUAUUCUCAAGCAGAUCUUCAAGUUGCUUCAGGCCCCCUUCACAGACUGUGGGGAUGGCCCAAUGCUUCGAUUGGAGGAGCUGGGGGACCAGCGGCAUGCUCCUUUCAGACACAUCUGCCGGCUCUGCUACAGGGUCCUGAGACACUCUCAGCAGGACUACAGGAAGAACCAGGAGUAUAUAGCCAAGCAGUUUGGCUUCAUGCAGAAGCAGAUCGGCUAUGAUGUGUUGGCUGAAGACACUAUCACAGCCCUGCUCCACAAUAAUCGAAAACUCCUGGAAAAGCACAUCACUGCAGCUGAGAUCGACACUUUUGUCAGUCUGGUGCGGAAGAACCGGGAGCCCAGGUUCUUAGAUUACCUCUCUGACCUCUGUGUGUCCAUGAACAAAUCGAUUCCAGUGACCCAGGAGCUGAUCUGUAAAGCUGUACUGAAUCCCACCAAUGCUGACAUCCUGAUUGAAACCAAGUUGGUUCUUUCUCGUUUUGAAUUUGAAGGUGUUUCUACUGGAGAAAAUGCUCUGGAGGCAGGAGAAGAUGAGGAAGAAGUGUGGCUGUUUUGGAGGGACAGCAACAAAGAGAUUCGUAGUAAGAGUGUAAGGGAAUUGGCACAAGAUGCUAAAGAAGGGCAAAAGGAAGAUCGCGAUGUCCUUAGCUACUACAGGUAUCAGCUGAACCUCUUCGCAAGGAUGUGUCUGGACCGCCAGUACCUGGCCAUCAAUGAAAUAUCAGGCCAGCUGGAUGUAGAUCUCAUUCUUCGCUGCAUGUCAGAUGAGAACCUGCCCUAUGACCUGAGGGCAUCCUUCUGUCGCCUCAUGCUUCAUAUGCAUGUGGACCGAGACCCCCAGGAGCAAGUCACCCCCGUGAAAUAUGCCCGCCUCUGGUCGGAGAUUCCUUCCGAGAUCGCCAUUGAUGACUAUGACAGUAGUGGAACAUCCAAAGAUGAGAUAAAGGAGAGGUUUGCUCAGACUAUGGAAUUUGUGGAGGAGUAUUUAAGAGAUGUGGUUUGUCAGAGGUUCCCCUUUUCUGAUAAGGAGAAAAAUAAACUUACAUUUGAGGUUGUAAACUUGGCUAGGAAUCUCAUAUACUUUGGUUUCUACAACUUCUCUGACCUUCUACGAUUAACCAAGAUCCUUCUGGCGAUAUUAGACUGUGUGCAUGUGACAACAAUCUUCCCCAUUAGCAAGAUGGUGAAAGGAGAAGAGAAUAAAGGUAACAAUGAUGAGGAGAAGCUGAAGAGCAGUAAUGUGAUGAGGUCUAUCCACGGUGUUGGGGAGCUGAUGACCCAGGUGGUGCUCCGGGGAGGAGGCUUUUUGCCCAUGACUCCCAUGGCUGCUGUCCCUGAAGGUGAUGUGAAGCAGGCGGAACCAGAGAAGGAGGACAUCCUGGUCAUGGACACCAAGCUGAAGAUCAUUGAAAUACUCCAGUUUAUUUUGAACGUGAGGUUGGAUUAUAGGAUCUCCUGCCUCCUGUGUAUAUUUAAGCGGGAGUUUGAUGAAAGCAAUUCCCAGACUUCAGAAACAUCCUCCGGAAAUAGCCAAGAAGGGCCAAGUAAUGUACCAGGUGCUCUUGACUUUGAACACAUUGAAGAACAGGCAGAAGGCAUCUUUGGAGGAAGUGAGGAGAACACUCCACUGGACUUGGAUGAUCACGGUGGCAGAACCUUCCUCCGUGUCCUGCUCCACUUGACGAUGCAUGACUAUCCACCCCUGGUGUCAGGAGCCCUGCAGCUACUCUUUCGGCACUUCAGUCAGAGGCAGGAGGUCCUCCAGGCCUUCAAACAGGUUCAACUGCUGGUUACUAGCCAAGAUGUGGACAACUACAAACAAAUCAAACAAGACUUGGAUCAACUAAGGUCCAUUGUGGAAAAGUCUGAGCUCUGGGUGUACAAAGGGCAAGGCCCUGAUGAAACCAUGGAUGGUGCAUCUGGUGAAAAUGAACAUAAGAAAACUGAGGAGGGGAAUAACAAGUCACAAAAGCAUGAAAGCACCAGCAGCUACAACUACAGGGUGGUAAAAGAGAUUUUGAUUCGACUUAGCAAACUCUGUGUCCAAGAGAGUGCCUCUGUGAGGAAGAGCAGGAAGCAGCAGCAGCGACUGCUGAGGAACAUGGGUGCACAUGCCGUGGUGCUGGAGCUGCUGCAGAUCCCCUAUGAGAAGGCUGAAGAUACCAAGAUGCAAGAAAUAAUGAGGCUGGCUCAUGAGUUUUUGCAGAAUUUUUGUGCAGGCAACCAGCAGAAUCAAGCUUUGCUACAUAAACACAUAAACCUGUUUCUCAACCCAGGGAUCCUGGAGGCAGUAACUAUGCAGCACAUCUUCAUGAACAACUUCCAGCUUUGCAGUGAGAUCAACGAGAGAGUGGUCCAGCAUUUUGUUCACUGCAUAGAGACUCACGGUCGAAAUGUCCAGUAUAUCAAGUUCUUGCAGACGAUUGUCAAGGCAGAAGGGAAGUUUAUUAAAAAGUGCCAAGACAUGGUCAUGGCUGAGCUGGUCAAUUCAGGAGAGGACGUCCUCGUGUUCUACAAUGACAGAGCCUCUUUCCAGACUCUCAUCCAGAUGAUGCGGUCAGAGCGGGACCGGAUGGACGAGAACAGCCCUCUAAUGUACCACAUCCACCUAGUGGAGCUCUUGGCUGUGUGCACUGAGGGCAAGAACGUCUACACAGAGAUCAAGUGCAACUCCCUGCUCCCGCUGGAUGACAUCGUCCGUGUCGUCACUCAUGAGGACUGCAUCCCUGAGGUUAAAAUUGCAUACAUUAACUUCCUGAAUCACUGCUAUGUGGAUACUGAGGUAGAAAUGAAGGAGAUCUAUACGAGUAAUCACAUGUGGAAAUUGUUUGAGAAUUUCCUUGUGGACAUCUGCAGGGCCUGUAACAACACAAGUGACAGGAAACACGCAGACUCCAUUUUGGAGAAGUACGUGACUGAAAUUGUGAUGAGUAUCGUUACGACCUUCUUCAGCUCUCCCUUCUCAGACCAGAGUACGACUCUGCAGACUCGCCAACCUGUCUUUGUGCAGCUGCUGCAAGGCGUGUUCAGGGUUUACCACUGCAACUGGUUAAUACCGAGUCAAAAAGCCUCUGUGGAGAGCUGUAUCCGGGUGCUUUCUGAUGUAGCCAAGAGCCGGGCCAUAGCCAUUCCUGUGGACCUGGACAGCCAAGUCAACAACCUCUUUCUGAAGUCACACAACAUUGUGCAGAAAACAGCCAUGAACUGGAGGCUGUCGGCCCGUAACGCUGCUCGCAGAGACUCUGUUCUGGCGGCUUCCCGAGACUACCGGAACAUCAUUGAGAGAUUGCAGGACAUUGUCUCUGCACUGGAGGACCGUCUCAGGCCCCUGGUCCAGGCGGAGUUGUCUGUGCUCGUGGACGUCCUGCACAGACCCGAGCUGCUUUUCCCUGAGAACACAGAUGCCAGAAGGAAAUGUGAAAGUGGUGGUUUCAUUUGCAAGUUAAUAAAGCAUACUAAACAACUGCUAGAGGAAAAUGAAGAGAAACUUUGCAUUAAAGUCUUACAGACCCUCAGGGAAAUGAUGACCAAAGAUAGAGGCUACGGAGAAAAGCAAAUUUCCAUUGAUGAAUUGGAUAAUGCUGAGCUGCCACAAGCACCGGAAUCCGAGAACUCCACAGAGCAGGAGCUUGAACCAAGUCCACCCCUGAGGCAACUGGAAGACCAUAAAAGGGGUGAGGCGCUCAGGCAAAUUCUGGUCAACCGUUACUAUGGAAACAUCAGACCUUCAGGAAGAAGAGAGAGCCUUACCAGCUUUGGCAAUGGCCCACUGUCACCAGGAGGACCCAGCAAGCCUGGGGGAGGAGGGGGAGGCUCCGGAUCCAGCUCCACGAGCAGGGGUGAGAUGAGCCUGGCUGAGGUCCAGUGUCACCUUGACAAGGAGGGAGCCUCCAAUUUGGUAAUCGACCUCAUAAUGAAUGCAUCUAGUGACAGAGUAUUCCAUGAAAGCAUUCUCCUGGCCAUUGCCCUUCUGGAAGGAGGCAACACCACCAUCCAGCACUCCUUUUUCUGCCGGUUGACAGAAGAUAAGAAGUCAGAGAAAUUCUUUAAGGUCUUUUAUGACCGAAUGAAGGUGGCCCAGCAGGAAAUCAAGGCAACGGUGACAGUGAACACCAGUGACUUGGGAAACAAAAAGAAAGACGAUGAAAUAGACAGGGAUGCUCCAUCCCGGAAGAAAGCCAAAGAGCCCUCGACACAGAUAACGGAAGAGGUCCGGGAUCAGCUCCUAGAGGCGUCUGCUGCCACCAGGAAAGCCUUCACCACCUUCAGGAGGGAGGCCGACCCUGAUGACCACUACCAGCCCGGGGAAGGCACCCAGGCCACGGCCGAUAAGACCAAGGAUGACCUGGAGAUGAGCGCAGUCAUCACUAUCAUGCAACCCAUCCUGCGCUUCCUGCAGCUCCUGUGUGAAAACCACAACCGAGACCUGCAGAACUUUCUUCGUUGCCAAAAUAACAAGACCAACUAUAAUUUGGUGUGUGAGACACUGCAGUUUCUGGACUGUAUCUGUGGAAGCACAACUGGGGGCCUUGGUCUUCUUGGACUGUAUAUAAAUGAAAAGAAUGUAGCACUUAUCAACCAAACCCUGGAAAGUCUGACCGAAUACUGCCAAGGACCUUGCCAUGAGAACCAGAACUGCAUAGCCACCCACGAGUCCAAUGGCAUCGACAUCAUCACAGCCUUGAUCCUCAAUGACAUCAACCCUCUGGGGAAGAAGCGGAUGGACCUGGUGUUAGAACUGAAGAACAAUGCUUCAAAGCUUCUCCUGGCUAUAAUGGAAAGCAGACAUGACAGUGAAAAUGCGGAGAGGAUUCUUUACAACAUGAGGCCUAAGGAACUGGUGGAAGUGAUCAAGAAAGCCUAUAUGCAAGGCGAAGUGGAAUUUGAGGAUGGAGAAAAUGGUGAGGAUGGAGCUGCCUCCCCCAGGAACGUGGGGCACAAUAUCUACAUACUUGCCCACCAGUUGGCUCGACAUAACAAAGAACUUCAGACCAUGCUGAAACCUGGCGGCCAAGUGGAUGGAGAUGAGGCUCUGGAGUUCUAUGCCAAGCACACAGCACAGAUCGAGAUUGUCAGAUUAGACCGAACAAUGGAGCAGAUCGUCUUCCCAGUGCCCAGCAUAUGUGAGUUCCUAACAAAGGAGUCCAAGCUGCGAAUAUACUACACUACAGAGAGGGAUGAACAAGGCAGCAAAAUCAACGACUUCUUCCUGCGCUCCGAAGACCUCUUCAAUGAAAUGAAUUGGCAGAAGAAAUUGCGAGCCCAGCCGGUCUUGUACUGGUGUGCCCGCAAUAUGUCUUUCUGGAGCAGCAUUUCGUUUAACCUGGCCGUCCUGAUGAAUCUGCUUGUGGCGUUUUUCUACCCAUUUAAAGGAGUGCGAGGAGGAACGCUAGAGCCUCACUGGUCAGGUCUGCUGUGGACAGCCAUGCUUAUCUCUCUGGCCAUCGUCAUUGCUCUCCCCAAGCCCCAUGGCAUCCGAGCCUUAAUUGCUUCCACAAUUCUACGAUUGAUAUUUUCAGUCGGGUUACAACCCACGUUGUUCCUACUGGGAGCUUUCAAUGUUUGCAAUAAAAUCAUCUUUCUGAUGAGUUUUGUGGGCAACUGUGGAACAUUCACCAGAGGCUACCGAGCCAUGGUUUUGGAUGUGGAGUUCCUGUAUCAUUUGCUGUAUCUGCUGAUCUGUGCCAUGGGGCUUUUUGUCCAUGAAUUCUUCUAUAGUUUGCUGCUUUUCGAUUUAGUGUACAGAGAAGAGACUUUGCUUAAUGUCAUUAAAAGUGUCACCCGCAAUGGACGGUCCAUCAUCUUGACAGCAGUUCUGGCUCUGAUCCUGGUUUACCUGUUCUCAAUAGUGGGCUAUCUCUUCUUCAAGGAUGAUUUUAUCUUGGAAGUAGAUAGGUUGCCUAAUGAAACAGCUGUUCCAGAAACUGGCGAGAGUUUGGCAAGCAACUUCCUGUACUCUGACGUGUGCAGGGUGGAGAUGGGGGAUAACUGUUCUUCUCCUGCACCCAAAGAAGAGCUGGUCCCUGUAGAAGAAACAGAGCAGGAUAAGGAGCACACAUGUGAGACACUGCUGAUGUGCAUCGUCACUGUACUGAGUCACGGGCUACGGAGCGGGGGUGGAGUAGGAGAUGUGCUCAGGAAGCCAUCCAAAGAGGAGCCCCUCUUUGCUGCAAGAGUGAUCUAUGACCUCCUGUUCUUCUUCAUGGUCAUCAUCAUCGUCCUUAACCUCAUUUUUGGGGUCAUCAUCGACACCUUUGCUGAUCUGAGGAGUGAGAAACAGAAGAAGGAAGAGAUCUUAAAGACCACAUGCUUCAUCUGUGGCUUGGAAAGAGACAAGUUUGACAAUAAGACUGUCACCUUUGAAGAACACAUCAAGGAAGAACACAACAUGUGGCACUAUCUGUGCUUCAUCGUUCUGGUGAAAGUAAAGGACUCCACAGAAUACACUGGGCCUGAGAGCUAUGUGGCAGAAAUGAUCAAGGAAAGAAACCUUGACUGGUUCCCCAGAAUGAGAGCCAUGUCUUUGGUCAGCAGUGAUGCUGAGGGAGAACAGAAUGAGCUGAGAAACCUGCAGGAGAAGCUGGAGUCCACCAUGAAGCUUGUCACAAAUCUUUCCGGCCAGCUGUCAGAAUUAAAGGAUCAGAUGACAGAACAAAGGAAGCAGAAACAAAGAAUUGGUCUUCUAGGACAUCCUCCUCACAUGAAUGUCAACCCACAGCAACCAGCAUAAGCAAGUGAGAGAGAGGAAUGUAUUUACCUUUUCUAAUUAUUAUUAGUGUGGGUAUGGCUAAUUAGUUCUGAUUCUCCCACUAAGAUUACAUUUAUGCUUAGUACAUUUGUAAAUACUCAGUUUUAUACUGUAUGUAUAUCAUUGCUACUUUAAAGGUUUGGGUACAUGUAUUGUAAUUAGAUUUGUUGGCAUGAUGACUUUUCAUUUGUGCCAAAAAUAUUAAAAAUGCCUUUUUUGGAAGGACUAAAGAAAGCACCUGAUUUGCACUUGAACCAGAUUAUAGAUUUAAAAAGUAUAUAACAUGUAUUUUGUAUUUAAAACUAGAAUAGCCAGUAUUUAUGUUUUUUAUAAAACUGUGCAAUACGAAUUAUGCAAUCACAGUAAAUUUGUAACUCCUGAGUAUCCUAAAGGGAGUGCACAUUUUUGAAGCUGGUGUGUUAAUACUGUGUAAUAAAUGGUUAAAUAUCAAAUGAUGCUGCUGCCAGAAUUAUAUUACUGGUGAGUUUCAGGCCCCUGGGCAUUUUGUAUCAUGUAAUUAUUUGAUGAUGACGCUGUUUCUCGUUGCUAGCGGCAUUAGUGCCUCUGUCUCAGUAAUAAUGCUCCGGUCUACGAACUGUUAAAUCAGCAUUCAUUUUAGGAACAGCAAGUUUAGUUUCAAGGAUACUUUUAAGCUUCUAAAUCAAUCAUUUAAACUAUUUCUUUAAGUAAGAGAAUGUUAGAGACUCACACUUUAGCUUGUGAAGCAGUUAAUGAAUUUUUUUAAAGGAAAUUUUUAUGCAAUGUUUGGGAUAAUCAAGUAUUGCCGGCCAAUCAGUGUCAUCUCCUGAGUGAAUUUUGAUGUCACGUUACAAAGAAAUGAGUAAUUGAUGGAUUCUAGCUUACUCCAAACGGUAGUUAUUUUAUUUUCCUUCAAACAUCCAAACCAACCUACCACAGUAGCUAAGAAGUACUAAAACUGUAUACAUCCGUGUAAAGAUGAAAUAUGAAUUGACCACUGACAUGGUAUCAUAAAGAGACACGUUUUGGCUUUACUUUGUCACAUGAAUUCUUUUCUGGAUGGAUGAAAAGUAUGAAAGGAAACUUUUAUACCUGUUGCCUAGUUUUGUACAUGGGUCUCAUUUUACUAGAGAAUCUCUCUGCAAAAAUGUUUAAAAAUGUAUCGAAAGCAGAGUUCUGAAAUGAGUCGUUUGUAAAUGCAUAUAUAAAUAUUUAAUAAAUGAUGCAGAAUAAU